ACUGGCUUUUCUGCCUAAGGGUUAAUCCGGACCUGAAUAUGCAUGUUCACGAUAAGAUAGUCAAGUACAAUCGCAAAAGCCCAAACAAAACACUAGACGAGAAGAGUCCGAUCGUACUUACAUAUGCAUAAAUGAUUUGAAUUACUAGGAAUUUAUUUGGAAUACUGGAAAUUCGGUUAGAUUGCACAGUCAUGUCCGCGAUGCGAAACCCUGUACUGGGCCAAUCAUAUAUUAGGAAUCCUUAUCACCGGCCACAGUCAGACAUCUCAGCCUAUUUUCCAUCGAUCGGUUAUAAAAAGGGUCGGGGUGGUCUUGACUCAAAUUAUUCGCUAGUCAGACGUUGGGAGAUAUGGUUAGAAUUACACUCCUGCUGUUUAUUUUUGGCUUGGCCGUGGCCAAGGCCAGCAACUGGGAUGUGGAGCUACACAAGGGUAUGGAAAUGGAUGUGGAGGAAUUCCAGCGCAUGGCCAAGCUUCGCCACUUGUCGGAGGAGUUCCGGAGCUUCUAUCAGAAUAUAACUCUGUCUGAUUUGGUGCCCGAAUCACGGCUGCCUACGCAGCAGGAUCUUCAAUGCUAUGCGGAAUUUGCUCACCUGACCGCCGCUUUGGUUAACGGCAGCCUUUGGGCAUAUAGAAUGUUUGACUCGUGGGGAUCGCUGCCAGCGGGAAUUCUAGUUGGUCAUUUCAAGGAUCUGGGGCACUACGACGAGUGCGUUAACAUCGAGCAGGCCAUCACCUCCAACUACAAUCUGAUGGGAAAGUACUGCCUUGCCCAGUUACCGCUGCAGUUACCGAUGAAUGUACAGACAGCUGUCUGCUUUCCCGCCUCCUGCUCGGCCGCGAACAUGGACACGCUGCUGCUACGACUCCUUAAGCAACUACUUGGAGUGGAGCUGAGCGCAGACCUUACUUUUGUCAAGGAAAGAACCUGCAAGACGGCUGAGCGAGAGCCCUACGAUGGGCUCACCGUUUUUACCAUUGCUUUUUUGUCGGUACUCGGUGCAGCCGUAGUCCUUUCCACACUCUACGACUACUUUCUUUGCGAGGAUCAAGAGAAACUCCCUGCCAUUUUGAGGGUAUUCUCAGCACGCUACAACUCCAGAGGACUCUUCCGUAUCUCCAAUAAUUCCAACCCCAAUGUUGUCCAUUGCCUGCACGGUAUGCGUGGCAUGUCCCUGAUCUGGGUGUGUUUUGGUCAUGAUUACUUAAUAGGAAUAACAUCGCCUAAUAUCAAUUUUCUGGAUGUGUAUAAGUGGGCCAAGUCACCUUUCAUGGUGGUAAUAUAUGAGGGCGUUUUCGCGGUGGAUACUUUUUUCUUUAUAAGCGGCAUGCUGGUCUCAAUGGUCGCCUUGCGUUCAAUGGAGAAAGCCAAGGGAAAACUGAACAUUCCGCUGAUGUACCUUCAUCGCUAUCUACGACUCACUCCUAUCGUGGCUGUGGCCAUUCUCGUCUAUCUAAAAGUUCUGCCUCUCAUGGCCGAUGGCCCACUGUUCGGCAACUGGAACUUUGAUAACUAUGAUAGCUGUAAUGAAAAUUGGUACUGGACACUUCUCUACAUACAGAACUAUGCCGCUGACCGGAUCUGCCUCGCUCAAACAUGGUAUUUGGCCAUCGAUAUGCAGCUCUAUAUCAUCGCUCCGUUGCUCCUGAUUGUUGUCUACAAGUGGGGAACAAAAGGCGCCGCCGCUGUCAUGCUUUUGACCCUUUUGCUAGCCGCUUACCUCUUCAGCAUAAUGGUGAUCAAGAACAACUCCUUAAUUUCAGGAGGGGACAUAGAUCUCUCUCAAAACACACACUUACGAGCAUCAGGAUGGCUUGUUGGCUUCCUCUUUGGGUACUACCUGCACACUAUCCGGGGAAAAUCGAUCAAGCACAGUAGCCCCAUUGUAUGGCUCGGAUGGCUGACCAGCUUGGCCUUGCUCUUUACCUGCAUCUUUGCCAUGUAUCCGUACAGCGGGGCCAAUUCCAAAGCUCUGCCCAUUUUGAAUGAAGCGUUCUAUGUGUCACUGUCACGGAUUGCUUGGCCCCUGGGCUUGAGCUGGGUCGUUUUUGCCUGCAUGCAAGGAUACGGAGGAUUGGCCAAUUCGUUCCUCUCCUCGCCCUUGUGGCAGCCGCUAUCCAAGCUGUCCUACUGUGUCUAUAUGUGGCACUUGUUCAUUCAGAACCUGAACGCUGGACGCACCCGUGUAAGCACCUACUUCUCCGACUACGAUGUGAUGCUGCGAUUCUGGCAGGACUUUGGAUUCUCCCUGCUGCUUGCGUACGUUAUGUAUAUUCUAGUCGAAGCUCCUUUUGGGGGACUGAGUAGUCUGAUUCUGCCGAAUCGCAGGGCCCCUCCUACACCCAAAGUGCCUCUAGAUGAAACUGAUCCAAAGGCUAAUCAGUUGGGUAAUGAUGCUGAGAGGCAAACUCCAGCUCCAGAAGCGAUUCAAACUAGUGAAAGAAGAGAAUCGGCUUCGGCACCCCCAUUGAAGAGGGAGAGCAAGACUAAACUGGAGGCAAACGAUGGGGAUGCUGCUAGUGGAUAGAACCAUGGAAUCAUGUUACAGACUAAA